AUGGGUCGCAAGCCAGCUCCACAACCGCUAACCCUGUCUGAUUCGGCGGCGACCCCGGCGGAUGCUUCUGACGUUCGCCAAACCAUCAGACAAGUCCAUUCACCGACCGCUGCUGCUGCUUCGACAAGAUCUCCCCGAUCUCCCCUCUCCCCCUUUCGACUAAGCCCCAAGAGAUCCCCCCGUGAUCGCGAGAAACAAUCGUCCGACACUGCUCCUAGACCUCGGCAGCUUCGAAAGAACAGUCCUAGCUCAGCCCUGACCAAAGACAAAUCGCAAGCCCAGGCCGCAACUCAGACCCAACCUCAAUCCCAUGUUCGUAAUCGGAGUCAGAGCCCGAGCCCUGUUCGCCCACAACACGACCCUACCAUAACCUCUGUCGAAGAAGCCACUUCUCCAUACCUUCCGCUCGCUGCCACUCUCCACCAAGCUUCUCAAGAGCCGGCGACGUCGAUGCAGCGCCAGCCACUUCCGCCCGUGAUCAAUCAGCCCCCGGAGAAAGACGAGCUGCGGUAUCAGGAACCUCGAGCACCCAAGAGCAGCGGUUUCUUUUUCAGUUUCCACAAGUCGAGCAAGUCGAGUAGCGGUCAGCGUUCGAAUUCUCCCACUUCACAGCAGUAUCUGUAUCCACACGCGCAGCGACCGAAGCAGCAGCAGCAACAACAACAACAGCAGCAGCAGCAGCAACAGCAGCCACCCGGGUCCAGUGGAAGCGAGACCAUGUCACGCGGGCCGGAAAAUUCUAUGAUGCCCGCCAAGGCUUCUCAGUAUCCAGAUGCGUCGUAUGCAGAUCACUCACUUCAGAAACCAAACCCCUCCUUACCUUCCAAAUCCGAUUUGUCGCUCGCCUCCUCCACCGACUACGAACCUGCUCCUCCACAGCACCAGCAAGCGCAAGCCGCUUCCAAGAAGGGCAAAUCCAAGCCAUUCGGCCUUUUGGGACGAACAAAGUCACUCCGCGACAAGGAUCGAGACGCCAGCCCGAGGUCGCACUCGCACUCACGCGAUCGAUCUCGAGAACCAACACUCCCUCCGCCUGUCAAACUCUACGACCAGAACCAGGUCGAGCGAUCUUUCUCCUACGGGGUCCAGACUCCCAAGACGGCGCCGAUGCAGACCCAAGAUAGGUCUUUCCGCGAAAUAAUGACGUCGGCCUCGCGCAAUCGGUCGGAAGACCGGGCAGGGUAUCGUGACGUUUCCAACAAGGAGAAUCAGAACCACAGAGAAAAGGACCAGACGCGGACGCAACCGUCCUCUGUACGCGAAAACGGCGGCGGCAGCACAUUCUUCAGCGGCCUCAAGAGCUCUUCGACGAGAGCGGCUGACAUGAUUCGCGGUGGUCUUUUCGGCAAGGCCCAAAGAAGCGCCCUGGCGUCCGAAAAGGAACCUGUUGUUGAUGACGAGCAUUAUGUUGUCAAGGUCAUUAACCUACCGCUUAUCGAGCAGACUAGGCUCACGCGCAUUUCCAAACGGCUGGAGGAUUCUCGAGACAAGACUGAAUUCUGGAUGCCCGCGUUCCCCUGGCGUGCGAUUGACUACUUAAACUACAAAGGAUGCGACGUCGAAGGCCUGUAUCGAGUACCUGGUAGUGGCCCUCAGAUUAAGAAAUGGCAGAGGAAAUUUGAUGAAGAAUAUGAUGUCGACCUCUUUGCCCAAGACGAUCUGUACGAUAUUAACAUCGUCGGCUCGAUGCUUAAGGCAUGGCUUAGAGAAUUGCCGGACGAGAUCUUCCCGAAGGAAGCGCAGGAACGUAUAUCUCGGGAGUGCGCUGGCGCCGAAACCGUCCCUCAAAUGCUAAUCGACGAGCUCUCCGAGCUACCACCCUUCAACUACUACCUCCUCUUCGCCAUAACCUGUCAUCUAAGCCUCCUGCUUGCGCAUUCCGACAAGAACAAGAUGGAUUUCCGCAAUCUCUGCAUUUGCUUUCAGCCCUGCAUGAAGAUUGACGUUUUCUGCUUCAAGUUCCUCGUUUGCGACUGGCGCGAUUGCUGGAAGGGCUGCAAAAAUGAGUCCAAGUACAUUGAGGCAGAGUACAUGCUCUUUGACCAACCGCCUCCCCGUGGUCUUGCCGAGCCUAAAAAGCCUGUGCAGGAUGAGCAACCGGUAGUAGAAGAACGAGCCAUCUCCUCAUCAGAUAGCAGUAACAAACCGCCCAGCAGCCAAGACGGACCCAAAUUGCGGUCGAAGAAGAAGAAUAAUCUCCAACUAUUGGAAACCAAUGGCAGCAAUUCUUCCUCUACGCCGUCUAUCAACCUCACCGUCAGCAACGACCGGGAGGUGCCCAGCGCCACCACAAACACCGACUUACGUCCGCUCUCACCUAUCAAGCCUUUGUCGCCCUUGAAUUUUUGA